UCAAAUUGCAGCGCAACGCAACGCUAUCAAAAAAACAAAAAAUCGAAAAAGUAAUCGCAAACGUGAUAAUAGCGAAAUAAAACGCGCAGUUAAUUUGUAGUGCGCUGUUUUCGGGCCGCGCGGAAUUAAGGACUUACGCAGGAUUAUUCACUGUUCGGUAGAUACGCGGUUGGAUGCCUAUAAAAAUGUUGAAGCUGUCGCUCAUACUCUCCAUACUCGUCACCUUGGCCAGCGCACGUCCAGGCUAUCUGCAUGGUCACUAUCCACACAUUGAUUACCCACUGCUGCAUCAUCAUCAUCAUCACGAACCAUUGCAUUUGACUAAAUUGGUGCAUAUACCAGCUGCCAUUUCACAUCAAAGUUCAACGGUGAUCCACAGUGCGCCCAUCAUCAAGCCAGUUGUAGUGCCAGUGCUGAAGACAAUUGUGCAUCCCAUUGUGAAGACAUAUCAUGCAGCGCCUAUAAUCAAAGCCUAUCAUCCCAUAGCUUUUGAUCCUUACCAUCAUCAUUACGAUCAUCAUGACUUUCAUCAUUACCAUUGAGGGGGAUGAAAACACUUAACCACAAAAAAAAACAAAAAAAUUAUAACAAAAGCGACUUCCAUGAGGUCCCAAGAAUUCGAGCUCAAUUAGGAUGUGUGGAGAGGCUAAUAUAAAUGACUAAUUUUUACGAGAGCUAAUCUUUCUUUAAUUUUGCUAUAUUUUCUGUUGAACGUUGCGUGGAAACUUGUCACAUUAUUUCUAAUAAAUUUUCAACAUUUCUUAAAUGUUUUAUGGCAUUUGAAGGACAAAAAAAUAUGUUUGUACAUAUUGCACAAAAUCGCUAAAAGCGAAGAAGAUGUUGUUCGUUAUAAAUAAAUAGCUUAAUUGUUUAUU